UAUUUCUAACUAACAAUAUAACAGGUACAAAUAUUAAAUUGAGGUACCCAUUUUAUGACAACUUUCAGCAGCUUUCCCUCUAUUUUUGUGCCUUUAGUAGGCCUAGUAUUUCCGGCAAUUGCAAUGGCUUCUUUAUCUUUGUAUGUUCAAAAAACUAAGAUUUUUUAGAUUCGAUGGGGCCAAGACCAAAUCUUAUCUAUUUUUUUUUCAAGACUUAGAUGCCACGGAUACCUAUUUAGUAGAAUAUUGUAUAACAUCCGGCUUUUCCGAACCGAACAUAAAUGAAACCUCUUAUGCAUACGUAAACAUGAUAUAGGGUUAAAUGAAUUAUAGCAAGUACCGAACGGAUGUAUGAAAUUAAAGUCUAUAUAUCUAGUAGAUCUGUAUAGGGGAUCAUAUAAAAGGGGAUGAUUUUAGAUCUAAGCAAUUUGAUGAAUUCCUUCUAAAAGUUCAUAUCAAAAUAGUACUAGUUGAUGAGAGUUACUUCGGAAACAAAAAAGUAAAGUCGAAUUUUUUUGGUUAUUCUCUCAAUUCCAAUAAAAUGCAACUGGAUCUAGUAUGUAUGAGUUGGCGAUCAGAAUCUAUAUGGAUAGAAUUUAUAGUGGGGUCUCGAAAAACAAGCAAUUUCUGCUGGGCCUUUAUCCUUUUUUUUGGUUCAUUAGGGUUUUUAUUAGUUGGAACUUCUAGUUAUCUUGGUAGGAAUUUGAUAUCUUUAUUUCCGUCUCAGCAAAUAGUUUUUUUUCCACAAGGCAUCGUAAUGUCUUUCUAUGGGAUCGCAGGCCUCUUUAUUAGUUCCUAUUUGUGGUGCACUAUUUUUUGGAAUGUGGGCAGUGGUUAUGAUCGAUUCGAUAGACAAGAGGGAAUAGUAUGUAUUUUUCGUUGGGGUUUUCCUGGAAAAAAUCGUCGCAUCUUUCUACGAUUCCUUAUGAAAGAUAUUCAGUCCAUCAGAAUAGAAGUUAAAGAGGGUAUUUAUGCUCGUCGUGUCCUUUAUAUGGAAAUCAGAGGCCAGGGGGCCAUUCCCUUGACUCGUACUGAUGAGAAUUUGACUCCGCGAGAAAUUGAGCAAAAAGCUGCUGAAUUGGCCUAUUUUUUGCGUGUACCGAUUGAAGUCUUUUGAAAUGAAUUUGCAGAAUAAAUGCUUUCUCGCCAGGAGGAAAAAACUCAAGUCAAGAAUCCUUUUUUCUAUAGCAGAACUAAACUGAAGUCUAUAGCAGAACUAAACUGAAGUUUCUUCAGAAUGCCCAUUCGAACCAAAGCAGACGUAUACGGAAGAGUCAUAACAUAAAAAAAAGUUUUUUUGUCCACAAAAAUUGUUUUUUAUGCGUCUGUAAAACCACUCAACUUAAUCUUAAUUCAGUAACAAAACAAGGAAGAAAUCGAAAUAAUGGAUUUGUCUCAUAUAUCAAAGUAUUUCGAAAUAAGGACUUUCUAUUUUUAUUAUUUUUAUUUUCAAUAUUUGGAGUUGAUACGUUAGAUACAGAAUAUAGCCAGGGCGCUCCUUCGUCUCAAAAUCUGAAUAGAACAAUCUUUAUUAUUUGAGUCGGUUCUUUCGGGCAGUUAUCAAAAGAGGGCAAUUGCUUCGAAUUUGAUCAAUUGAGAUAUCUGGAAACAAUAACAAUAUCAAUAUAACAAUAAUAUAGAUAUUUCAUUCGAACAUUCGAAUUCAAAGUGGAUUCUUUUUUUCUAUUUCUGUAUUCUUUUUAGAUUCAAGGACUAAGCACUGAAUCAAAAAAAAAACAGAAACUAGAUUCAUGGGCCCCUACCUUAAUAUAAUGAAAGGCAUGCUUGAUAGAGAGAUUAGAUCACAUAAAGUCAACGAAUGAGGUGGGUUCAUUAACAAUUCACAGAUGAAAAAAUGGCAAAAAAGAAAGCAUUCACUCCCCUUCUAUAUCUUGCAUCUAUAGUAUUUUUGCCCUGGUGGAUCUCUCUCUCAUUUAAUAAAAGUCUGAAAUCUUGGAUUACUAAUUGGUGGAAUGCUAGGCAAUCCGAAACCUUUUUGAAUGAUAUUCAAGAAAAGAGUAUUCUAGAACAAUUCAUAGAAGUAGAGGAACUCUUCCUGUUGGACGAAAUGAUAAAAGAAUACCCGGAAACACAUCUACAAAAACUGCGUAUAGGAAUCCACAAAGAAACGAUCCAAUUGAUCAAGAUGCACAAUGAGGAUCGUAUCCAUACGAUUUUGCACUUCUCGACAAAUCUAAUCUCUUUCGUUAUUCUAAGUGGUUAUUCUAUUUUGGGGAAUGAAGAACUUCUUUUUCUUAACUCUUGGGUUCAAGAAUUCCUAUAUAAUUUAAGCGACACAAUAAAAGCUUUUUCUAUUCUUUUAUUAACAGAUUUAUGUAUCGGAUUCCAUUCGCCCCACGGUUGGGAACUAAUGAUUGGCUAUAUCUACAAAGAUUUUGGAUUUGCUCAUAAUGAUCAAAUCAUAUCUGGUCUUGUUUCUACCUUUCCAGUCAUUCUAGAUACAAUUUUUAAAUAUUGGAUCUUUCGUUAUUUAAAUCGUGUAUCUCCGUCACUUGUAGUUAUUUAUCAUUCAAUGAAUGACUGAAAAUGAUUCACGGAUUCAAUUAUAAUCUUUCCUUACUUUCUAUAUAAGCAAAGCAUGCAAAGUCGUACUUACUUUAUUCUUUAUUCUUUCUACCCAUCAGGAGACUCCUCUAUUUCAGUCAUUUUUUUUUUUUUCAGUAAAAGUAAAUAGCAGAAUCGUGGAUAGGGAACUAUACUAGUGACCUACCUAAUUUUAUUGUAGAAAUUUUCGGGAUCAAUGAUUGGACCAUGCAAACUAGAAAUACUUUUUCUUGGAUAAAGAAGGAGAUUACUCGAUCCAUUUCCGUAUCGCUCAUGAUCUAUAUAAUAACCGAGGCAUCCAUUUCAAAUGCAUAUCCCAUUUUUGCGCAGCAGGGGUAUGAAAAUCCACGAGAAGCAACUGGGCGUAUUGUAUGUGCCAAUUGCCAUUUAGCUAAUAAACCCGUGGAUAUUGAGGUUCCACAAGCGGUACUUCCUGAUACUGUAUUUGAAGCGGUUGUUAGAAUUCCUUAUGAUAUGCAACUGAAACAAGUUCUUGCUAAUGGUAAGAAAGGGGCUUUGAAUGUGGGUGCCGUUCUUAUUUUACCGGAGGGGUUUGAGUUAGCCCCUCCUGAUCGUAUUUCGCCCGAGAUGAAAGAAAAGAUAGGCAAUCUGUCUUUUCAGAACUACCGCCCCACUAAGAAAAAUAUUCUUGUGAUAGGUCCUGUUCCUGGUCAAAAAUAUAGUGAAAUCACCUUUCCUAUUCUUUCCCCAGACCCUGCUAGUAAUAAGGAUGUUCAUUUCUUAAAAUAUCCCAUAUACGUAGGUGGAAACAGGGGAAGGGGACAGAUUUAUCCCGACGGGAACAAAAGUAACAAUACAGUUUAUAAUGCUACGGCAACAGGUAUAGUAAGCAAAAUCAUACGAAAAGAAAAAGGGGGGUACGAAAUAACCAUAACGGAUGCAUUGGAUGGACAUCAAGUGGUUGAUAUUAUUCCCCCAGGACCGGAACUUCUUGUUUCAGAAGGUGAAUCUAUCAAACUCGAUCAACCAUUAACAAUUAAUCCUAAUGUGGGUGGAUUUGGUCAGGGGGAUGCAGAAAUAGUACUUCAAGAUCCACUACGCGUCCAAGGCCUUUUGUUCUUCUUGGUAUCUAUUGUUUUUGCACAAAUCUUUUUGGUUCUUAAAAAGAAACAGUUUGAGAAGGUUCAAGUGUCCGAAAUGAAUUUCUAAAUCAGAAACAUCAAAUUUGUAAACAAAGAACAAAUUCUUUCUGGCAAUUAGGUUAGGUAUGAUGAAAAAAGUAUGAAAAGUCUUUUGCUUGUUUAUAUUCUUUCUCUAGGAAUUACUUUUCCCGCAUUCAAAAUAUGUAUAUUGUGAAGAAGACUAUUUGUCUUUACUUUUUUUUUUUCUUUUUUCAAUCUAAAUUGGAUUAAAUUGGAGGG